CGGAAAAAGGGAAUACUAAUAGAUAUGGAAGAAGAAGAGACCGUACCGAUACUUUCCAGAAAAGAUGUGCGUCGCCAGAAGUUGAUGGAGUACUUGACAGCGAAGGGAAAGCUGAAACUGUCCAACUCCACGAAUGUAACCAACGGUGACAACAGCCAGGUGAAGAAACCUGUGACAUCUGCACUGAAGGUCAUCACGGGGAAAGAGAACAGUGCUCCUGUUGACAGUCUGAGAUAUGAAGCCACAAAAAUUUUGCCUCCUCGAUCCACACAACAACCUGCCCGAAAAACAUUCAAUGUUACAAACAAAGUUAAUGUAAACACCCUGACCGCACAGCAGAAGGCCAACAGUGUCCCAGCUCAGUUAAAACUUAAUCAAAACCGAGUGCUAACAAAUACAUAUAACGUGACUUCAAAAUCUAAUCUGUAUGCAGUCAGCCAUCUCAAGAAGCAGCCAAAAACAGGAUUACAGUCUUCAGUUAAAACCUCUUCUAAUGCCGCACGUACCGCUUUUACAAAACCCAACAGUAGAUUCAGCGGGAGCUCAAACGCCACCAGGUCAGGUCCAGUGAACGCAGUCAAUUUUAGGAUGAAUCUCGGUCCCAUUGUCAAAACAAAAACGGGACUCGUUCCUGCUGUGAUCCAGCCGAGAAACACUAACCCAAACCUAACACGCCUAACUUCUACCACAGCAGCUAAUACCGCCGUCAGCACCAAUACUUCUAAUACUGCCAAAAAGGUGCGAUCCAACACCUUAUCUUCGCUUUCUGUUCCCAGGAGUUCCUCUGUGGCUCCGAGGAAAACGUUUUCUAGUACUGCUCUAAACAAACCCGUUCACGAGAAAACCACCAUUUCUCAGAGAGCAAGAGCUGCAAUUAAAACUCAAGAUCAGAAAAAGUCAAAUUCUAAGCCAGUUUUGGGUAAACAGUUUCAGCCAUCUUCUAAGACUCAAAUAUUAAGUGGAGUGAAAUCAAUGUCCACUUCCACCAAGGGCAGAGCAGCAUCUGUUAAGCCAGAGGUAAAGGUAGGAGUGGCAAAAAUGAAAGAAUCAGCUUGUCAGCCCACAGCUAGAUCCACAAACCAAAGAUCUCAGGCAGCAGGAGGGGAGAAAAAUGUCCAAACAUGCAAAGCUGCUCCCCGAAUACCCACGGUGCCAGCGAGCAGGCACAGUGUCAGGGUGACUGGUGAAGCUACACGGGCUGCUGCGGCCGUGCCGGCAGGGAAACCCAAGAUAAGUAAAACGACAGAAAGCAAGAAGGGAUCCAGUUCAAUAAAAGCCCCUCCGCCACCGAAGGGUACAAAAAGAAUUAGUGCUCCGGUGCUGUCACAGACGGUGCCGCGGCCUGCCAGGACCAUCAGCUACUGCGGAAAGGACACAGACUUGAAGAGGCCAAAGGUCCCAGUCACAGUCGUUCCUCAGACGGAGGUAAAGAAACGGACUGCCGCCCAGAAGGAGAGAAUGAGUAAACUACAGGUGUGGCGGGAAUCCAAGGGCAUUUCUUACAAGCGUCCUCCGAUGACGGUCAAACCUCAGGUCAAUAGCACUGUCUCCUUGCCGCAGCCCUUCUGGGCCACCAUGACAGAGGAGGACGAGGCCCACUCUCUUGUUUACACUGUGGACAGAUCUCUGGCCGACUGCUUAAAAUUGCUGGAAGAGGGCUGCCCCCCAGACCAGGUGAAGGGGGUUCUCUCACGCCUGCCACCGCUGUCCCAUAAGUUUGCCAAAUACUGGAUAUGUCAGGUCCGCCUGAUGGAGCUAGAGGGUGACCUGGAGGUCCUGCCCAUGUUUGAAGAAGCUGUUCGUGUAGUGUUGGAGCCCGUGGACGAGCUGCGGACCGUGGUGUUUGAGAUCCUGAAGAAAAAGGACGAGAUUCAAGCAUCUGAAGAGAAGGAGAGAGAGGAGGACGAAAUCCUGGAAACAGUGGAAAUCACCCCUGAUAUGAUGACCCCCUCUAAACCUGUCAGAGCCCUGAUCUGUAGGGAGAAAGGAGAUUCUUCUGUCGUCAAGUUCAAGAUCACAGCGACCCCUGGUGGCCCUGCAGACAAGCAGAGUGAACCAGCACGGAUAAAUGGCCAGGAGUUGCGCUUCUUUACCCCAGUGAGACGCUCGGUGCGAAUAGAGAGAGCCUCACUCCGACUCCCUGCGGCCCUCCAGGACCACGAUGUCUGUGUGGCCUCCUACAACGACCUGAUCGACGAGGAGACCAAAGAGGGAAGCGAAGAGCAGGAGGACGGGGAGAUCAGCCCGUCUGCUAACCAAACACCGAUGUACGUCUACAGGCAGAACGAAGCACUUAAAGACAAAGUGUUGGUCAAGCUUUUCUACGAGGAAGAUGAUGAAGAGGUGCUUAACUCAUCUUCACCAGUUUGUAAUUGAGGAAAAAAGUUACACAUUUUUCACUGUUUACAUGUCAGGGAGAAGACAUUUGUUUAUAUUUUGGUGUCGUUGGUUAUUUUACCCCCCUGGAAGGAAGUUGAGUUUUAAGUUUAUUCCUUGUAAAGAAGUUUUUCGAUUGUUUUGUAAAAAUGAAUUUGGAUAAUGUCCUGUAUAUAGAAAUGUAAAA